AUGCCAGCGGUAACCUUCGACGGCCAGCCGCCUCGCAAGGCUGGCACCGCCGAUCUCUCGCAGCUUGCCGGCAAGAGUGUCAUUGUGACCGGCGGAGCUAGCGGUCUCGGAGAGGCCAUGGUGCGCGCCUUCUCUGCCGCUGGCGCUUUCGUGACGAUAGGAGACAUUGCCGAGGAGAGGGCGCUGAAGCUCGUUGCGGAACUCGGCGGCGAGGGAAGGGUGCAAUUCGUGAGAUGCAACGUCACCGUGUGGAAGGACCAGGUGCAGCUCUUCAAGGCGGCCAUGGAGCGCUCGCCUGCGCAUUGCAUCGACGUCGUCGUGGGAAAUGCUGGAGUCAUUACGCAGGAGACGUUUGAGGAUGUCGCGAACCCCGGGGAUCUGGAUCCGCCAGAGCCUGACUUCACCACCAUCCACACCACGUUGAUGGGGAAUCUCUUCACCGCGAAGCUGGCCAUUCACUACUUCCAGCUGCAGCCCGAAGGGCCGGGGAGAGACCGGUGCUUGAUUCUCACUGCGAGCAUCUCAGGAUAUGUUGAUCAUGCAACCCUGCCACAAUACUCGAUUUCGAAAUGGGGUAUUCGUGGGUUCAUGAGGGCCACGAGGAGGACGCUGGUCGGAAAGAAGAUUCGCAUCAAUGUCUUGGCGCCAUGGUAUACUCGAACAAACAUACUCCCGGGCCAGAUCUGGGAUGCUCUAGAAUCUCAAAAUACACCACUGGCAAAAGCAUCGGACGUGGCACUCGCGGCGAUCCAUCUUGCUGCUGACCCAACGAUAAAUGGCCGUUCUUUCGCGGUCUUGCCAAGGGAACUGAAUCCUGACGGGUAUGUGGAUCUGGGAGAGGAUGAUUAUGCCGAGGGCUCCUCUAUAGAAGUUUUGCAGCGGAAGGUGUUGGGUGCGUAG